UGUAAACUAGAAGCCUUGCACCUGUUGUGAAACUCUGGAAGAUCUCUAGACUUGUGAGGAAAUUAGCAGAUAGAAAGGAGCAGGCCAUCCACAGAAGUUCAAUAAACUCUUGAGUUGGCAGUGUGGAAGUUGACCUGCUGUGUGUCUGCCACGAGCUGCGCAGGUUCCGACACAGGAAUGUAAGCUGAAGGUUAUUGAACCACAGAGAAAGGAACUAAUAGUACUAAAGCUCUCAAACUCCACGGUCUCGACUGUAGUCACCGAUGGCAAACUUUAAAGGACAUGCUCUUCCCGGCAGCUUCUUUCUGCUCUUUGGCCUAUGGUGGUCUCUGAAAUAUCCACUCAAAUUCUUAUCAAAAAAAAACAAGUCCUCCAGGCUGUGCUUCGACCGAGUGGAGCUCAUUGAGGGGGUAGUGAAGGCCAUUUUCUCAUUGGUGGGAAUUCUAGCUGAGCAGUUUGUCCCAGAUGGGCCCCACCUGCACUUACUCAGCCAGGACAGACAAUCAUGGGUCAAACUAAUGAACUGGCAGCACAGCACCAUGUACCUGUUCUUUGGCAUGUCUGGGAUUGUAGAUAUCUUCACGUACUCCUCACUCAGGAUCCCAGUUGGCAUUGACCGCCUGAUGCUGUCACUAGCAGUGUUCAUGGAAGGUUUCCUAUUUUACUUUCAUGUUCAUAACCGGCCUCCCCUGGACCUGCACAUCCACUCACUUAUGCUGACAGCUGUGUUUGGAGGUUCUUUAGUCAUAAUGCUGGAGGUUUUCCUGCGAGACAACAUCGUACUCGAGCUGUUCAGAACCAGCCUGGCAAUCCUGCAGGGAACCUGGUUCUGGCAGAUUGGCUUUGUCCUUUACCCUCCCAAUGGUGGGCCUGAGUGGAAUGAAAACGACCACGGGAACUUGAUGUUCAUCACACUGUGUUUCUGCUGGCAUUUUGCAGUUGCCAUUUGUAUCGUGGCAGUUAGUUACACACUGGUGUGCUGGUUUGUGCAGAUCCGAUCGAAAAGAGCCAGUGCUUUAGAGAUGGAACAGCUGGGGAGUUCAGAGAAGAACUCGCUGUUGAGUGGUUCCGACAUGGAAUGACAUGAAGAGCCUGAGUGACCAGAAGCUCCUGCACUUCUCUCCAUUCUCACUGACGUUGAUGAUUUUUCUCUACAUUUUCUGAAUUGUGAACUUUUAAACUUUUGUUUACUUCUUUCACCUCGUUGUUUCACUGUCUGUGUUGGUGGAGCACGAGUGAGCAGCAGGAUGUAUCUGUUGUGAAAUGACACUGGUCCUGGGGAUCUGAAAUCAACCUGGAGGUUGUCUCCCAUCAUUUCAAACCCACCAGAACCCACAGACCGGGUUCAUGCCUAAAGCAGAAAUUCUUCAUACUACUCCAGCAGGAAUAGGCAGGUUGUUGAUAGGAGCUACUUCUUUCUUGAUGAUGGAAACCAGGGCAUAAUUUUAUACAUGAAAGUAACAUCAGAAUGUGCAAUGCUGAGAUCUUUUUGUUCCUUCUGACAAUCUACGUGCUUCAGUCACUUCCUGUAUUUUCUGUAUUAAAUAUGAAUCGUUCACAA